GGAUUCCCCAGCUUCCAAUGUCCCAUUCUUGGCCUUCUAUAAACCAGAAAACAAAAGACAUUUCUUCAAGUUGAAAAUCUGAGAAUCCGAACUUAAAAAGAAAGCAAAAGCAUCGAAGAAUUAUGAGAGUGAAAGAAAUGGGAGUAGAGGGUUUUACUGUUUUGGCCUUGUCGAUGAGCAGUUUGUUGCUGUGGGGUUCAUUGGGUGGGGUUGGAGCGGCUGAUGAGAGUGGUUUAGCAAAUGAGUGCAGCAAAGAUUUCCAGAGCGUGAUGACUUGCCUGAACUUUGCGCAAGGGAAGGUGGCGACGCCGACUAAGGAGUGUUGUAGUUCGGUGUCGAGUAUAAAGGAAAAUGAGCCAAAGUGUUUGUGCUAUCUUCUUCAGCAGACCCAGACGUCUGGAGCUCAGAACCUUAAGAGCUUGGGGGUACAGGAAGCUAAGCUUCUUCAGCUUCCUACCGCUUGCCAGUUAAAGAACGCUAGCGUCAGUGACUGCCCAAGGAAAUGUGGAAUGGAUAAAAUGGAAAAGGAAAAGGUUAAUGCGGGAAAUAAUCGGCUAAAGCCAGCUUCUUGCCGUAUGGUCUCCUUGGGCCGGGUAGUCGACUUUUAUGUAGAUCAGCCCAGAGAGAGAGAGUCCGUUAGACAUGUUUAAGUGUAAGUGCUGCUAUAUGUUUCUUGCCCAAGGAGAAGAAGCUAUGCGUAGAUCAUGUUGAAUGGCAAAGCCAAGGACCGUCUUCUUUCAAUCUGAAGAAAGGACCAUCUACCUACUGUCCCAAUAAGGUUCCAUGUCCGCCACCGGGCUAUAAUUAAAAUGGGAAUUUAAUCCAAACCGUUUCAAGAAAACGAAAAGGAAAAUUACCAAAGUUUCUGUAUGUAAUAAAGAGUCUAGCGGUUAUGAUAGAUUGCUGGGAGCACUCCCAAAUCUCUUGUUCUUACUUUUAAUGGGAAAAGAUUUUGUUCAA